AUGGCGGCAACGUUCUUAGCGGGCAUGAAAGCCUUGGAGAGAACGAAAGAGAAGGAAACGCAAGCGAUUCAAAAGAAAGCGAACUUGGUUUCCUCGUGGUUGUUAGAAAGGAAGGAGGAGAUUCGAGAGAGGAUGUUGUUGACGGAGAAGACCAAUACGACUACUAAUGUGAACAACAUCAUCGAACAAGAAGAAGGAGAGGAAAAGAAAAAGAGAUUAGUUGAAACAACGACAAAGAAGAGAGGGAAAUCAUCGUCGUUUACGUCGUCGUUGUCCACCUCGCCGGAGAAAAAGAAACAGAAAGAAAACAUCGAGGUUAUCGUCAUCGAUGAUGAAGACGCGAAGCCGCCAGCCAGCGCGACGACUUUGAGUAAGAAGAAACGGAAAUCUUCUCAACCAACCGUUGUGGUUUUUCCAAAAAACAACGAGAGCAGUCAACAAGCGUCGAACGAAGAAACGAAGAAAGCUUCUAUUCCUACUGCUCCAGCUGCUGCGGCGGCGGAAAUACAGAAGAAUAUAGAAGACGCAGAUGCGUCGAGAAAAGCAGGCCCUCCUGUUUCUUCGUCGAAGAAGAAGAAGAAAAAGAUGGAAGCGAGUCUCGUGAGCGGCGCGACCGGCGUGGGGGAACAACACCUUUCCGCGAAGAAGAAAAAGACAGAUGUCGAGAAUGACGUUGCCGCAGGAGACAAAGCAGGGAGCAGUCAAACGGCGGUCACGGCAACAGUAGCGAUGAAGAGCUCCACGGAAGUGUCCAGAGUAGUUGGUGAGAAGAAGACGGUACCGGUUUCAGGGGGACAAAAAGAGGAUGCGCAAGCGGCACGGGAACAAGAACCAAAAAAGGGGACUGAUUUGGUCGCGCCGGAGAAAUUGGCGAUGAAAAAUAAUGUUCCGUUUAGCACAACAAAGAAUAACAUGGAGAAUAAGCGACCGGUGCAACAGCAGCAGCAACAACAGUUGCAGCACAGAGUCGUUGCUCCGCUGCCACCGUCGUCACUACAACCGCAGCAGCAUAGACCGACGACCGAGGAGGAGGAAAAAGCGAAGCGCGAAAAGGCGAGAGCGAGAGGCAUGGCGUUUCUUAAAGUCGGUACCUCUUCAAAACCGAGCAUGAAAACGAAGAGCGCCGCCGCGGCGCGGCUCAACGCACCGGCACCGCAAGUGAAGCAUCCGCAGCAACAACAACAAAAUAAGACAACGGUGGAGAAGAUGCAAGCGCUCGCGAAAGCAAUGGAGGUCGCGUCUGGUAAAAUCCCCUCUUCCUUGGCGUCGGUGCAACCGGCGCCGUCAACGCAGCACGCGGCAGCGGCGAUCGAAGAAACCCAAAGGGCAUUAGCUGAUCGAAUGAAGCGCGCGGAGGAAUACAACGAGAGAUUGCGGAUGGAAGAAAAAGAGAAGCAAAUGCAACGAGAGCGAGAGGGGCAAAAGUUAGAAGAGCAAAAGAGAAGAGAGUUAGCGGAGAAGAAGAAACGAGAGCAGCGUGAGGAAAUCGAACUCCAAGAACGAGAGCAAAAACGUCUCCGUAUGGAGAAGAUGGAGCUGGCUAAGAGAGAGAGAGAAAUGGCACUGAGCGCGCAGCACGAAGAAAAUUUAAGAGCGCGUGCAAUUUUAGAAGCGCAAGAGAGAGAGCGUCUUCGCGAGAAGCAGCAGCAACAACAACAGCGAACGACGACAAAGCCUGCGCACAACAUGCAUCCGUCCUCCUCGCUCGUUAAGAAUAAUAGUUACCAACAACAACGCUCGCAACAUCAAAAACAGCACGUCGUUGAAACUACCGCUGAUCGCGCUGUAACGGAAAAGAGUAAAAGGCUUUUGGAGAACGCGAGAAACGCCUUGGCGGGCGGUGCAGCGGCGAGUAACAUCACACCUUCGAGAAGACACCAGCAGCAAAUGAUGACACCUUCGAAAAUCAAAUCUUUCAAUGUAACGCCGAGGGGAACACCGUCGAGUCUAGCAAAUAACACCAACUACCACGAUCGAUCCAUUCCUAGAUCGCACUCGAAGUUUCCGAGUUCGUACGAAAUGUCCCCUAUGAGAGAUGAUUCGGACGAUAGCGAUUCUGAGGACCAGCGAAGAGGGAAGCCGAUUCCGCCGUGGGCACACAAAGAGUCCUUGAUUCCCAUGCUCAAAGCGCAAGCGCGAAUGGAUCCAGAUAUGAUAUUCCCGAAUCCUCCCGCGACGUGUUCUUUGUCGCAAGUGUUUGGUAAACCAGCGAGCAACGAAGCGAGAAGAGGUUCCUCCGGAAACUGGCAACACGAUAGAUUACGCAUCGACGAAGAAUUGAACUAUAAGCGAACGAUGGGGUAUAGGAUCAUAUAA